AUGUUCAUGGAGAACCCGGACAUUGCCUACCGGGUGAAGGAGAUCGCCAACAAUAGCUGCGGCCACUUGGUCCUGAGCGAAGAAGAGUUCCAGACAAUUGCUCUCGCGGCCACACGCCUCGGUGUGCCGGUCCCUCAAGACCUCUCUCAGAUCCUUCUAGACCCACACAAUCAUCCGGGGCGGGGGAUCAGGUAUCACGAUGCCGAUGAAGGCCUGGUUAAGAACUUCAUGACGGACCUCAUCAUAGCUCACACACCCAAUCUCCGCACGCUGGAGUAUCACGUUUCCCAGACCGACCCGAGAAAGGCGUUUCAGACACUGUCCCAGGUGUCAAAUGCUACUGGAAAGGGGCCGCUGUUGUCCAAGUUGGUGGAUUGCCGACUCCACCUGGAUGACUUUGCAAACUUGGCGCAGCCACUCGCCGACGCGGCUCCGAACCUCGACUCCCUCUGGCUCAUCGGCCCCCGGGGGCUCGAAGCCCCUCUUCAACUCCACGGCGUCAGGGUGCUCAUCCUCACAGGAGCGGACUUCACGGCGACGGAGAUCAGCGAGCUUCUAAAGGGCUUUCCUAGUCUGAAGAAGCUCUGGUACAACUCUGCCCGACGAUGUAAUCAUUCGAAUGAUAGACGAGAGCUAUGCUCGCCGCAGGACGUGGCGGAUGCACUCGGGCCGGUCAAAUCGCAACUGCUCGAGCUCACGUUGAGGUUUAGAGUGUGGCAGCAGCGGCCGCGCUUGCCGGGCACCGGUCCCUUUACGCCGAGACUGCUCACAUCGGUGCGAGACUUUGAGGCACUGGAGUAUCUUGAACUCGACGGCGGGAGUUUGUGGAACGAGCGGGGUGAUUACAGCAAUUAUGUCGCCGAGAACACUGACCUGCUGGCGAAACUACUCCCGGCAAGGCUCAGGAGGCUGACGCUGUUGGAUUUAUCUCGCGGACCGUUCAAUGAGGACUUGAGUGUAUUUGCAGGUCGUUCAGAGCAGGUGUGCCCUGAUUUGAAGGUCAUUCGGUAUGAACUCAUAUGUUGGGAAAAGGUCGACAUGAAGUGGAUGGAAGAGAUCACGAUGGAGUCGCAAAAGCACGGCGUGACUAUCGAAGACACCACCGCGACGUCAGACGAUGAAGUUGACAUGGACUAA